GGGGUAGUUGGAUGCUUCAUAGUGGGGAUAAAAUGACAAUCAAAUGUCCAUUUCUCAAUUAGUUAAAUUGCUCCUUUUUGCCUCACCAUAACUUUUUAUCUACAUUCUUCCUCUUAUCUUGCCCCCAUUCUCCUUUCCAAUUCCAAGACCGAGAGCUCUCUGCCACAAAAAUCAAGAAAGAGAGGGGGAAAGACUCAGAAAACACUAGUUUACUACCUCUAAAAACUUGACAAUGGCAUUUGCAGGAACAACACAGAAAUGUAUGGCAUGUGAAAAGACAGUGUAUUUGGUUGAUAAAUUAACUGCAGACAAUAGAGUCUAUCAUAAAGCUUGUUUCAGAUGCCAUCACUGCAAGGGUACUCUCAAGCUAAGCAACUACAAUUCCUUUGAGGGAGUUCUCUACUGUAGACCUCACUUUGAUCAGCUCUUCAAAAGAACUGGAAGUCUGGACAAAAGCUUUGAAGGGACACCCAAAAUUGUGAAGCCAGAGAAAGAUGAGAAACCACAGGCAGCUAAAGUCUCAAGCAUGUUUGUUGGAACAAGAGAGAAAUGUUUUGGCUGCAAGAAUACUGUCUAUCCAACAGAAAAGGUAUCAGUGAAUGGAACACCAUACCACAAAAGCUGCUUCAAAUGUAGCCAUGGUGGCUGUACAAUUAGCCCGUCCAACUAUAUUGCACACGAGGGCCGCCUCUACUGCAAGCAUCACCAUAUUCAACUGAUCAAGGAAAAAGGAAACUUAAGCCAGCUCGAGGGUGAUCACGACAAGAACUCAGUUAAAGUCAUCGCAGAAUCAUAAACUCCCAACCGUAUAUCACGUAGUUCAUCUUCAUCUUUUUCUUCUUGCAUUUUUACUGUCCGCUUUAUUGAUCUAGAAUAUGAAUAAUGGUUAUUCAUCUGCAGACUUCAGGAUUUUCCAUGAAUGUACUUCCUUCUGCAGCCUAGUUUUCUCUCAUCUGCUUCUAUCAAUUUGAAUAUUCUGAAUCAUAUUUUAGGUGUCUGUGUUAA